CCUCUAUAAUUGCAGCGAAAUUGGCACUUUCGGGGUUCGUCUAGAACCGUCACGCGAAUCACUGAUUUCUUCCGUCUUGUGAGACUCUGGUUUAGCUAUGGCGACCGAAACAAAGCAGCCUGCUGAAGACGUCAAGGUUGAUCUCUUCGAGGACGAUGAUGAGUUUGAAGAGUUUGAAAUCAAUGAAGAAUGGGAAGAGGAAGAGGAAGGAAAAGAAGUGACCCAGCAGUGGGAAGAUGAUUGGGAUGACGAUGAUGUUAGUGAUGAUUUCUCUAUUCAGCUGAGAAAGGAACUGGAAAGCAAUGCUGAAAAUGAGAAGAAGUAAAAAAGCUGCUACUUGCGGUUGCUUGAUGUUUCAAAUGCAUUGUGACUGAGUUAUCUGAUCUUUCCUUGGAAUUGUUCUUGCCUGCGAAAUCAGCGGCACGAACGCUAUGCUUAGGCAGUAAGGAGUGUUAGAUCAGGACAUAAAAAACAUUAUUCUUGUUCUGUUCUUAUAUGAGCAUGUAAGCUGUUGGAUGUUUGAACUUGAACUGUUGAACAGAAUUCUUCAUCACUUGCUCUGAAAAUUUGGCCUUACCCGCUACUGCAUCAAA